AUGGCAAAGGAUAUGAACAAGGCUAGGCGGUUCCACAUUGAUUCCAAUAGACGGAUGCGAAGUGAUAUUAUCCGUGUGGAUAAAUGUACCUACCAUUCGGCAUUCGUCACAUUGCCGCGAAAAGGCGAGCAGACAUCAGUCGACUUGGGCAUUGAUUUGGAUGCAGAAGAGCAGGGAAGCAGGGAGAAGGAGCGUCAAGUCCGUGAUGGCGUGGUCCCAGUCACAGCGCUUGCCGAGACCAUCAAGAGCAUGUUCGAAGGGCCAUCACUCUGCAAAUCCAUCAUGGCUGUCACAGAGACAAGCACAGCGAUGGGAGGUACCUGCCAGAUAGCCAAUGGGUACCUGCCUGCCUAG